AUGGAACUGGAUGAGGAUUCAAAAACUAUUAUGGUCGUCAACACACCCCUUGGCCUAUUUCAAUACCAGCGCCUUCCCUACGGAAUUGCCAGUGCACCAGCGAUCUUCCAAAGGUAUUUGGAACAGCUUCUAAAAGGAGUAGAAGGAUGUGGAAACUACUUAGAUGACAUCAUUAUCUCAGCACCUACAAGCGAGCAACAUCUAAAGCGAAUCGACCAAGUUCUCAGUAUUCUUCGUGAGAAUGGCAUUAGAUGCAAAAAGGAGAAAUGCUUCUUUUUCAAGGACGAGAUUGAGUACCUAGGACGAAGAAUCAGCGCUCAAGGGAUUCUUCCAGACAGCUCAGGCUUGGAGGCUGUUAAACUGUUGCGUCCGCCUUCUAAUCUGCAGCAACUAGAGGCAUUCAUGGGCAAGCAUCUGCCUUUAAUGACAUCAAACAGGCUACAGCGCUGGGCCAUCAUUCUCAUGGCCUAUAUUUUUGAGAUACAGUAUCGUUCUACAUCUGCUCAUGGCAACGCAGAUGCCCUAUCGCGCCUUCCCGUGGGCAUGGAUCCAGAUUUCGACAGAGAAGAAGAAGCCUGCCACAUCGAAAUGGAACUGUCACCACCGAUCAAUUCUGAGAUCAUUCGCAACCACAUCGAAAAGGACAAACUUCUCAAACAAGUCUUACGGUUCACUCCAAAUUCCUACGGAAAAUCUCCCGCCGAGUUAAUCCAUGGUCGUCCAGUCCGAACCGUACUAAGCCAACUUUUCGAGCAGCCUGUCGAAGCCAAGCUAUCAGCUACCAACAACGUCAUUCUGAACCUGAGCCACCCGAGAGCUCCACGUCAUCAAACCAACAACAAAAGCAAAAACAGCCAGCACGACUUUUAUCCGGCAUACCAGUUCGCCAAAGUAGUCGUGUUCGCCAUGAAGUAG